UGUAAUGAAAAUGCUCUGCUCUGCGAGAAAUGUUACACGUUUAUUGUAAAUGUAUAUAUAGGUUAUUUUUUAAUAGAUCAUACACGUCGGUUUACCAGGAUAAUUGAUAAAUUGAAAAUGAUGCACAGAAUGUAGGAAAAUAAAAAUUUGUAAUGUCAAACAUAAAAUGUUAAAUAUUUAUUGUAUAUAUAGAUAAAAAUUGGUUAAAAGUGGUGGUUAAAACUUUUUCUUUCCAUUAUGACAUAUUCGAAAAUAAUAUUAUUUUCCAUUUUUAUUAAUACCGUUAAAUCUACUUUUCCGCAUAAUGAUUUCUUUGACGAAGAAUUAAUGUUAAAACCAUUGCCAAGUAAUCAUGUAUACGCCUAUUUUCAAUUUACUACGGUAUGGGAAACGGCGAAACAUACGAAAACACUACAACAUUCCCAUUUAUUUCCAAGAGGACUCGGUGAAAUUAUAAGUCGUCAUGGGGUAGAUGAAUUACACCUUACAUUAACCAAAGGCUUAUGGAACUAUCAGAAAUGGGGAUAUCCUUAUCACGAUGCUGGUCCAGGCGCAGAGAUCCUUGCAUGGUUCGGCAAAAAUGUUGCUAAUAUCGACGACGAAUGGAAAGGUCUCACGAAUGCUUUAGCUGGAUUAUUUUGUGCCUCUUUAAAUUUUGUUAAUCCAUCGAACAGUAUGUCCCCAGAAUUUACGUUCCGACCUACCGGUAUAGGAGAACACAAUGCUAAUUCUAGUCAUUUACGUUAUUCGUCUUUACCAAGAGAAAUAGUUUGUACAGAAAAUUUAACACCGUUUAAAAAAUUAUUACCGUGCGAUUCUAAGAAAGGUUUGGCAACGUUAUUAAACUCUGCGUACAUUCAUAAUACGAAUUAUCAUUCCAUCGGAGUACAUUUUCGAAUAAUAUGUUCAAAUACUCCGUGUACAAGAACGUCCUUAGAAUUACGACAAUCUGUUUCGUUAAUAUACGAUACCGUAACAGAUAUUUCACAGGAUUGGUCCGUUAGAAAAUUUUUCGGAAUGGGUAUCAAAGGUGCAUGCCCUCUUGCCACGCUAAGCAACGUGUACGUUGAUGUGUCUAAUAACAAUACGAAUCAGAUUUAUGAAUUAAUACCUUUUCCCAGUGCUAAGAUCGUUAGUUAUCGAGGAGGACAGUUAAACGAAAUAGCAGUUUACGAUAUUAGGACUCAUUCUGUUAAAGGAAUGUUUAAUAUCGGAAUUGUACACGGUACCGCUCACAAGGCUGCUUUGAAUUAUCCUUCGAUACUGUUCGCUAACAGAUACGUUAUUGGGUACGGCCAAGAAAGAGGUAGUUUAGUAACAAAAAUUUACAAUAAUUAUUGGCAAGCAAUCGACGUUAUUUUAUUAGAAAAUAUUCCAUGGUAUUUACCAGUGUAUCUACACUCUGUUACAAUAACUUGUGGAGCAAAACAAAUUAUACCGUUGGUACAGCGUUAUUUACCAGGCAGAGAGAGAAAAAGUCCUUACUACCUAGAGUUAAUUUUACGUUUACCACCUCGGUCAGUAACCAAAUUCUCUAUAGAAAUGGAUUAUUCGUUUCUUAAGUGGCAAGAGUAUCCGCCAGAUGCUAAUCACGGAUUUUACAUGGGACCUGCCAUAAUCACUGCGCUACUUCCAAUUGCAAGGAAUUACACUGCAUUACCACUCGAUGGAAGUACUAUAACGUCAAGUUUCAACGCCUCGAGAGAAGGAUAUAUAGUCCAGCUAAGAACGGAAUCUUUGCUCAUUAGCCUUCCCACGCCUGAUUUUAGUAUGCCAUACAACGUAAUUUGUUUAGCGUGUACUGCAGUCGCACUAGCGUUCGGUCCGCUACAUAACAUUUCAACGAAGAGAUUGGUUUUAAAACGAAUCGAAAUGGAUUGGAAAGAAAAAUUAUUUUCAUUUCUAAUCGAGAAAAUUGUUAAAUCGAAGAAAAAACAAGAAUAAAACAUGCAAAAUAUUUUAACUGUUUUUAAAUUGUGAAUGCAUUUUUAAGUAGGAAAACAAUUGUCGGCAGAAUGAAGAAAUAUUUAUACAUAUAAUUUGAGAUUGAGGUAAUUAGAGAAAAAAGUACAGAAAGUAGCUAGAUUACAAAGAAACUGGUAAAUCAGAUUUCAUUUUUUUUCUGCUCUCGUUUACUGCUUUACUUAAA